GAGCAAAGCCUGGAUAAUUGGUGUACGAUCCUAUUGCUAUGAGAAAACAGGCUGUGGGAUAGCUCCAGCUAAUUCCAAGGUAGGACUGGCUUAUAAAUAACAGAGGAAAUCCCACUUGCCACUGAUGAUAAUCAAGGAAUAUUCCUUGUUUUGAACAAAAAUAAAGAUCAUGUCCUUUUGAUACUGAUUCUUCUCUUUCCCUCACAGUUCUUGUCCUGCUCUAUCUCAUGGUUCCUAAGGGGCCGGAUCACCCCUCUUCUAACCUUUAGGAGGAUAUAUUCCCCCAACUGGCACAACCCCACCACCUUUUUCCUGUUUAUAAGGAGCUCACUUGGUUGCACCUCCCAACCCAUUCUUUGGCUAAAACCCAUCUUCCUUGACUGUAACAACCCGUCUUUUCCCUUCUUUCUCUUUUGGUGGGAUUCAAUCUCGUCUCUCUUAUAUUCAAAAAUAGGGUUUUGACACUUUCCCCUGUGAUCAUCUAGAGCCUAUAUUAGCAUAUCUAGCAUUCAACAGUUCUUAAAUUGAAGUUGAAUUUUUCUCUAUGGCAUCCAACUUUCUAACUUCUUCCUGUAGCUCUAGCUCCUCAUGGACAACUAAGCAGAACAAACAAUUUGAAAAGGCCUUGGCCUUGUAUGACAAGGAUACACCUGAUCGCUGGCAGAAUGUGGCCAAAGCUGUUGGUGGAAAAUCUCCAGAGGAAGUGAAGAGGCAUUAUGAGAUCCUCAUUAAGGAUGUUAGAGAAAUUGAGUCUGGUCGGGUCCCAUUCCCCAAUUACAGAUCAGGUGUGAACAACAACUAAGGCAGGCAAGAAAAAUAGAGGGUAGUCCAGUGGCCUCAGCACGUCCAGCAACUUGACCUCACCAGUAAAAUAGUUUUAAAAAAAAGGUAUAUGCAGUAAAAUGCUUGGAAUGUACCAAGAUCUGAGUUAUAUAUGCUACUCCUCUUCUUUCCUACUCAAUUUGUCCAUCCAAGUGUCUGAUUUAUCUAUUAUCUUUGUCUAAUUCAUGUUCAUAUGUAUAAGCGUUCUUCAAUAUGACGAG